AUGGACGCUAUGCGCCACCAACUGUUAUUCUCACGCGAAGGCCUACCUUUGGGGAUCUUGGCCUCCAAACAACAAUUCACCGAGAUGGAGUAUCUCAUAUCUCCCGAGUUUCGAUUUGGUCUUGCAGGCUUCGCCCACCGCCGUAAGCGAUUGCUGUCCGGCCUACUCAUUCUCGCAUCGAGCCUUAUUUCACUCUUUGCUGGCCCUUCUGCCGCCUUGUUAUUGAUUCCGACUCAGCGGUCAAACUGGCCAGCAGGAGGUGCUUCUUUUUGGCUUGCAGGUGGUGACGAGAUUCUCUGGCCCUCUAAGGUGACAGCCUCGUCUAUAGGAGAAUUCGAUUGCGAAUCCCUUACUAUGCAAGAACUGAGCACUGAGACCUUGAACUCCUCAGGGUGUAUCUGGGCUGGCUAUUCCUCGCUUGCCGAAGCUUUCAAACAAAGGCACUUUAGUAAUGGGAUUGACCUAGUCCUUGAUGACGGCGUACUCAAACGUGAUUUUGUUAUACGACCAAGAGGCGAAGUGGCAGAGACUUGGGUCCUUGCAAUUCAUAUGGCCGUUGGAGUUCUUUCCAGAAAUCUCGCUGGAGCUUGGUACCAGGCUCUAACAGAAAUCUCUACGUCAAGCUGGCACCAUACGCUUCGGUAUCGAACCCACAACGCGACCCUAGGUUCCGUUCAGAGCUGGGUUCCAGCAGUACGAGCAGAUUGUGGUAUAACCAAGUCGCUCUUCUAUAAUAUUUCGGGCUUAGAGUUGGGGUACCCUGAUCUCCCAGAAUACGGUGUUCGCCUCGAUCUCAAUUACUGGAUUGAAACCAGUUUCUCCAUUUCGUCUAACAUGAGUGCACAAUGGAUAGCAGUCCCGGAGACCGCUCAAUUGAGCGACAACUCAUACACGGCCGAUGUGCCCAGCGCGUUCUGA